AUGACCGCUCAUGCUGCUUCGACUGCUCGCGCGCCUCAACCUUCCAAAAACACAGCUUUAUCUGAUAUACGACCCGCAUAUGAUGAAGUGGAGUAUGAUUCUGAAGCUGAAACUCUGGUUGGGAAUGAGUCUGAUGAUGACGAUAAUGCUCACCUGGCAUCGGCCAAUGAUCAGCCUGCAGCUAGCCAUGGAACUGCCGGGUGGCCUUCAACUAACGAGCCCGGCGCGUCUAUUCAGAACAACAUAGACGAAUCGAUUCGCGUAGAAAAGGCAAAAGAGACAGAAGAUGCAGCCGGGCGGUCUCUGUCGCUCAUUGCAGGUGCAAGACGGAAGCGAGAUGAGGGAAAGUCCUCACUCUUGCAGUAA